CGAUAAACCGAAUGAAAUUCAAUCUUAUACUUUUUUAAUGUUUCCCCUUAAAACUUGUUUGUUAGAAACGCGCGGGAGCAUGAAAUCUCUAAUUAUAUUUCUUUUGUGUAUUGCACUAUCGGAAUCCAGUAAACCAAAAAUUGAAAUAUACGAAAUUAGAGAAAAUACAGGCAAUGAUCAAAUAUAUAUGAACGAUAGAUACAUACAUAAUGACAAAGACAAAGAAACUCAACUAUCAAAACUUCAGAGGCCUUACAAGAAGACGAAACAUGAUAACUCUAUUGAUAAAGUUACUAAGGAACUAAUUAAGAAACUCCAAGCAAUGAGAAGUGAUAAUUUUAAUAAAAACAUUGUUUAUGUUUUAAAUGAUGAUAUUUUGAUCGAUGAUCAUAAUUACAAUGAUGAUGAUUAUGUAAAUUUAAAUAAUAAUGAAGGAUUUAUAGAUAAAACUAGAAGUAAUAAAUAUGGCAUUAUGACAAAUUAUGACAAAGACAAUUUUGUUUACCGCAUAUAGGACAGCAGCUUCCCGGCACAAGCAUCGCUAUGAAGAUGAUGAUGAUUAAAAUGGAAAACGCAUACUAUAUUUCUUCAGUCAAAUAUAAAUAGAAAAUGUUUAAAUUUUAUUAAUAUACUAUAAACUAAUGGAUGACCAGCAAA